AUCAAGCCAUCAAACGCCCAAACCCAGCGGAAGGAGGCAAAGCGAAGGAAGGAGCUCGCCGUCGCCGAACUGCAACUGCAACUGCUACAGGACCCGAUUCCCAGAGACAGACACCGCUGCAAUUGCAACUGCAGCUGCGAUGGAGAUGGCCUCUUCCUCCGCGCCGACCGCGUCCUACAACGUGUCCGUGGCACAGGCGGUGCUGACGCUCUCCAUCAACGCCAUCCUCCUCUGGCUCACCACCGUCAUCAAGUCCUACUCCUCCUCAUCCUCCUCCGCCCGCCGCCGCGACGCCGCCCCUGCCACCGCCCCGGCACCGCCGUCUCCGUCCCCGGCUAAGCCCGCUGCCGCCGCUGCCGCCGCCGUCGACUUGGACGCGGUGCUCGGGCUGAUGGGCGCCGGCGCCGAGUCCGUCGGGUUCGAGGAGGCGGCCGCGCUGUUCGAGGAGGAAGAGGCGACAGUGGAGGAGGCCAGGCAGGCGUUCGCCGUCUUCGACCGCGACGGCGACGGGUUCAUCGACGCCGCGGAGCUCCGGGCCGUGCUCACGUCGCUCGGGUUCGAGUCCGGCGUCUCCGCCGCCGCCGAGGCGGAGUGCCAGCGCAUGAUCGACGCGUAUGACGAGGACAAGGACGGCAGGAUCGACUUCCGCGAGUUCGUCAAGCUCAUGGAAACCAGCCACUGAAACGGAUACCGUUCUUUCGCAGGAUCGCCGGAUCAGAAGAUGGUCCGGUCGCGUUUGUUCAGAAAUUCUUUGUUCGUUCGUUCUUUUACCAAUGUUUUUUUUUCUUGGCUGAAAUUAAUGGAGCCGAAUGAUGCAUACAUAUAACAAAA